UCACCUCCUCUGCUUCACCAAACCGUGUUCUGGCUGUAUCAUUGCAGCAAUUGUGCCUGAAUUUCUGCUUGCUGUUUGCUUGCUUUGAUUCACUGCCUCCGGAGACACAGCCCCUCCCUUCCUCCUCUCCUCACAGUGGCAUCCCACUCCAGCUACUCCUGCGGAGACGUGACCUUUGGUCUUUUGUCUGCGGCCAUAUAUCCCUACUCAGCCAUGCGAAACAAGUUCAGGCCAAAGCACCAGCGUCUGAUUCUGCAAUGCUUCCCCGGCGGCCGGGCGAGCGAGAAGCACCCGAACUCGAGCGAGCUCUCGUACCUGCUCUACUACGUCUCGACGCGUCGGUCAAAGCUGCUCAAGGUCGGCCGGUUCCUCGAGCGCAAGGCAAAGUCGGACGUCUGGCACGCGCGGACGGGCAACGUGCAGGUGAUUUUGGAUAUCUCGCGCGCGCUGAUUGAUCGCUGUCCGACGGACUUGAAUCUGUUUGCCGAUUUCAUUAUCUCGAUCCUUACUACUGUUCUCAACACGAACGAUCUGGCAAUGUGCCAGUAUUCCGAAGCCACCUUCCGAUCAUUCUGCAAACACCACGAUGGCGGCCUGCUCGCAGACGACCAAGUCUUUUUGCAAAAAUUCAUAAACCUCCUCAAGCUCUACAUGUCUAUCGGCCAUCGCUCGUCGGCCGCACACGACGACAGCUGGACGCUGAUCAGUCUACGAGCUGCGAAAUCGAUCUCCUCGUCCGAAGCACUGUACUCAUCCAACGGCCAGCUUCAGGAGCAGAUCAAAAUCAUCGCACCCUCGAUCCUCGACCAGCUCUAUUCGGACACGAACGACAAUCUGUUUGCGAUCAAUGCGCGCUUGCAGGCUCUUACUGCUGCUUCUACCGGGAAAGGCGACUCGGAGCAUAGUUUGAAUAAUGCGAGCGCAUCGCAGCGACGAUCGGUCGACGUUGAGACGGCUGGUAAUGGAGAUGUUGACGAUGACGAAGCAAGUUUGCUUGCGCUACAAUCCCUGCGUAAGCUGUUUGAAUCGUCAGACUCUGGACCGCCACAGGUGCGGUACUCUUCGCUAGCGGUUGUACGGUAUAUUCUCGCGCACUCGAAGAACGAGUCGUGGGCGACAAGCAUGGUGGACUUGAUGGCGCAAUGGACACCAGUCCAAAGCCGGUUUGUGAUUCUGCGAAGUCUGCUCGAGAUCCUGACGGUGCUGCCGAACGACGAGAUGAAGCAAAAGCUAGUAAUCACCAAGCUGAUUUCGUCGCUGCUGUCGUCGAGCGUAAACCUUGCCGGGCUAUCGGUGCUGGACGUGUUGCACAUUAUCUUUUCGCAGAUUUUAAGUCUGAUUGAGCUCGAGCCGAACGGGAUUUUGAAGUCGCCUGAUCGGGAGCGGCGGGAGCUUGUUGAGCGGCUUGCGGUUGCGGCGGGGGAUUUGGCGUCGCAUAUCUACUACUCUAAUCAGAUUGCGGAUAUGGUGACGGAAGUGCUUGUGAACAUGCGGCCGCCGCAUUCUGGGAAUGAUCACGGGAAGCAUGGGAACGGCGGCAACAAAUCAAGUAGCGACUACAGCAAUCUCGAGAAGGAAGAGAGCGACGACGAGCGCGGCAAGAGCAGUCAUAAUGGCGGCAAGAAGAGUAUCGGGAUUGUCGAUAGCACGGUUGAGCCGCUCGCCGGCCCACCGUCGACGGUGAAUUCGUUUACGAAUCUGGAGAAAUACCUGGCCAGGGCGCGAAACUACGGGUCAGCAGAUAAGGAUGCGAUAAUCAUCGGCCUGCAGAUUGUGAAGGAGGUCAUCCAGAUUGCAAAUAGUGUGGAGACGGGCGUGAAGCGGAACGUGGUCCCGUUGCAGGCUUGGGAUCAUACAGAGUGGGCGCUGACGGAUGCGAGCUCGGCGGUGCAGCAUGCGUAUGCGGCUGCUUUGCUGGAGUAUCUGCAGACCGAGGUUGCGAAUGAUAUGAGUGGUACGUUUGCGCUGGGGAAGCACGUCUCGUCAAAGAGCGGGUUUUUGGCAAAGCUGCAUUUGGCGCUCUACGACUACGCGCUGCGAGAAUCGAAUACGGAGGAGGAUUACUGUAUUAUAAACUCAAUCCUGCUGGGUGUUGCGGACGCACCAGAGUGUUUUGGGAUAGUGUACGGGCUACCGAUGGUUUUGCACUUGCAGGAGACGGUGCAUAGUCAAAAGCUUGGGUUCUCGGGCGCGGUCGGCGAUCAGUUGAAGCUAAAGUCGGAGAAUCUGAUGUAUCUUGAUAGUAUUGUACUGACGUAUCUGUCGGCGGUGGCGUCGAAGCUGGAUAGCGAGACGCUCAAGAGAGAGGUUGAAGGAGAUAUUGCGCGGCGCAAGUCGUCUCAGUCAUGGAAGACUGCAAUCACGAAUCCAGCAAGGAAGUUGUCGACAAAGGGCGAUAUCUUUGCAGAGAAGGAGAAGAAGUCGCCGGCGAUGCAGCUCGGAGGCGAUUCGGACGGCGACUCGGACGAGGGUUCAGAUGUCGCGAACGAAAAAAACAAGAGCAACGAGGAAUCGAAUGGAAUUAGCAAUGGAUCCGGAAGCAGCGUUGACCGGACUACUGUGGCACAGGCUUUGGAGUCGGUCGGGUUACCGGAGGAUGUCAAGGCCGAGUUUGUUGGUCCAUGGAGCCGAGAGCUGAUCAUGAAAGAGAGUGAGUUUGCUUUGUUUUUUCCGAUGUUGAGGUACUUUGGCUAAUGAGACUGUAGAAUCGGAUGUGGCACAGUCGUCUAUAGCGGACAAGGACUUUCCAUUGAUCUUCAGGGUGGUUACGGGAAC